CUCUGAGCAUGUGCAGAACAGCUCGGCGGAUGCUGCCUAGGCGGGAGGCUGGAGUCUGGUGCUGAUGCGAGCAGCCCACUCGGCCUCAGCCCCAGCGUGGUCUGCUCCCCGGGCCGGGGCGGCGGGGAAGGAGCCGUAGCCUCCCUGCGGCCAGAGGAGCCAGCACGAAGGUGCACAAGUCCCGGCGGCUGCGGCGCCCUCCAGGCCCAGGAUGAUGGCGGAGCAGGUGAAAUGCGCCUCGGCGGGGGGCGGCUCCGGAGCGGGCUCCGGGCCGGUGGUGAACGCGGAGCUAGAGGUGAAGAAGCUGCAGGAGCUGGUGCGCAAGCUGGAGAAGCAGAACGAGCAGCUGCGGAGCCGGGCGGCUAGCGCGGCCGCCGCCCCGCACCUGCUGCUGCUACCGCCGCCGCCGCCCGCCGCGCCGCCCCCCGCCGGGGCCUGCAGCCCUUUGGGUCCGCGGAGCCCCCCAGCCACCGCGGCUUCCUCGGGGGGCCUGGGGCUCGGACUGGCGCUGGGCGCCGGGGGCGGCGGCAGUGGCAGCACCAGUCCUGCGUUCCCGGGGACCUACUGCCUGCCCAGCCCGGCGCCCUCCCUACUCUGCAGCCUGGCGCAGCCCCCCGAGGCGCCCUUCGUCUACUUCAAGCCCGCCACUGGCUUCUUCGGCGCGGGUGGCGGGCCGGAGCCCGGGGGAGCAGGGACGCCGCCGGGGGGAGCCACCGCGCCACCCUCGCCGUCCCCUACCCUGCUGGACGAGGUGGAGCCGCUGGACCUGGACAGCGUAGCUGCCUGGCGAGACGAGGACGACUACACCUGGUUGUACGUUGGCUCUUCAAAGACAUUCUCGUCAUCAGAGAAAUCCCUGAGCCCUUUGCAAUGGUGUAGACACGUCCUAGAUAACCCGACUCCGGAGAUGGAAGCGGCCAGGCGCUCCCUGUGCUUUAGGCUGGAGCAAGCUAGCCGAUGGCGGAGUCUCUUCUCUUCAAAUGUCUCACUGGCUUUUCCCUAUAGUCCUGUUGCAAGACUCAGCCCUUAUAGCAAUGGCAUUAAUACACCCAGCUUCUCUAAAACCUCAAAUAAAGCAAUACUAACACCUGAAAGAACAGGUUACACCUCCAGGGGCUCCCCUCUCAGUCCCCAGUCAUCUAUAGACAGUGAGCUGAGUACUUCGGAAUUAGAAGAUGACUCAAUCUCCAUGGGAUACAAGUUACAGGACCUCACUGAUGUGCAGAUCAUGGCUCGUCUGCAAGAAGAAAGUCUCAGGCAAGAUUAUGCUUCCACUUCAGCAUCUGUGUCAAGACACAGUUCCAGUGUGUCACUGAAUUCAGGAAAAAAAGGGACAUGUAGCGAUCAAGAAUUUGAUCGAUUCAGCCUGGAGGAUGAGGAAGAUUUUGAUCAUUUGCCACCACCUCAGCCCCGUCUUCCAAGAUGUUCACCUUUCCAAAGAGGAAUUCCCCACUCACAGACUUUCUCCAGCAUUCGGGAGUGUAGGAGGAGCCCCAGCUCCCAGUAUUUCCCUUCAAAUACUUACCAGCAGCCACAGUAUUAUUCUCCUCAAGCCCAAACUCCAGAUCAGCAACCAAAUAGGACCAAUGGAGGUGGGGAAGGGUGUCCACGUGGAGGGACCAGCGUGCUCACAGACAAGCUCCGAAGAAGCAUGCCUAAUCUAGCUCGGAUGCCAAGUACAACUACUGUUAGCAGCGGCGUAAGUUCUCCAGUCACCGUGCGAAAUAGUCAGAGUUUUGACUCAAGCUUGCAUGGCGCUGGGAAUGGAAUUUCAAGAGUACAGUCUUGUAUUCCGUCACCAGGACAGCUUCAACAUAGAAUCCACAGCGUGGGACAUUUCCCAGUGUCUGUCCGACAGCCUCUUAAAGCUACAGCCUAUGUGAGUCCAACCGUCCAAGGCAGCAGUAACAUGCCUUUAUCCAAUGGCUUACCGUUAUAUUCCAACACUGGAAUCCCCACACCAAACAAAGCUACAGCUUCUGGGAUAAUGGGCCGCAGUGCACUUCCGAGACCUUCAUUGGCAAUAAAUGGAAGUAACCUGCCUCGAAGCAAAAUUGCACAACCUGUUAGAAGUUUCCUUCAGCCUCCAAAGCCGCUGUCUUCACUCAGCACUCUGAGAGACGGAAACUGGAGAGAUGGUUGCUACUGACGCAGUUGGACGUACCUUGAAGAAGGGGAAAGAAGUGGAAAUGAGGGUUGUGUUACCUAGCUGGCUGGGUAGCAGUGGAUGUCGGGAGAUUCUUUAACCUACUUACUGCAUUGUUUUCAAUGGACCGAUCACCAGAGACUAAUGAUUGCACUUAAAUGUUUGCCUGCGAUACUGCAGCACUCCCAAAUCCACGCUUGCAGUAUUGUGACACUUAGAUCUAGGAAGUUUUUGUAGAACUGCUAUGUACCUGAACACUUUUUGAGAGAUUUGAGAUGUAUCAAUAAUGCUUUCUUUAUCAUAUGAGUUUGUUUGCUUUUAAGUAACUUGUUCAAUUUACUCGUCUGUUUUAAACAUCUUCGCAUUACAUGUUCUGUAUUUUAACACAUUACAUAUUUACUACUAUGUUCUAUAAUGUAUGCUUUGAAAUUUACUUUUUUAUAGUUUACAGGAAUUUUAUUUUUUGUGCCUCUUUCUUUUUACACCUCUGUGAACCACUGUGGAACAACUUAAAUUUUGUGCCAUAAAAAUAUUUUUGUGGUAAGGUACUAUUUUUUUAGCUCUAGGGAUAUAUCAGCAAAAAUCCACCAUGAAAUCUGAGAGACAUAAUUUUACGUUGAAUGAGCACAAUGUAAUCUGAAGCAUUGCAAGGAGAUAGCCAGGCAGCAAGUUAAAUGGUGUCUUUUUCAUCAUUAAUUUAUUUUCCUCCAUGGGUUUCAUAUUCAUAAUGGCGUCACAAGCUCAUUGCACUUAAUACCUGCAAUGUUUGCUACUGUACCACAAUUGAUUUUCAAUACUUUGUUACAGAGGAUGAAACUGUAAUGUUUUAUUAACAAUGCUUCUGGAAAUGAAUGCAUUUUAAAGCAAAUAAAUCCUUUUGAUAGACCUUUUACAAAACCCAUUUGCACUAAUGGAUGCUUUUCUUAUGGUAUAUAACUUAAUAUUUGUUACUGUGUACACUGCUGUUUUGGAAUGUUCAGAAAUAAAGACUAUUUCGGCAAUA